CGCAACGGCGCGUCGUCUCCAGUACAACGAUUAAUAUCCAUUAAAAGCCAAACGGCCAACCUGGCCCCACUCGCUACGAAUUAAACAUUUACUUAAUUCUUGCUUUUAACAUUGUACAUCCACGUCCACUGGCCUUCUACAUACUUCGCAAGUGAGCGAACGAACACAAUGUCCUCAAGCCAGCAACUCCAGCGCUCCAUGUCGGCGCUAAGCAUCCGGGACCGGGACCGGGACCGCGAGAAGUCGUACUUCGAACAACAGCGGGAGGCAUUGAUCGGCGAGAUAGCUAUGAGCUUCGAGCACGUCCUCGCCAACAUCAAUAAGCUAAACCGAUCGCUCGAGGCCGUGGUCGCGGUCGGCAACGAGUUUUCAUCCGUUGAGGCACUGUGGUCACAGUUCGAGAACGUCAUGGCCAAGGACCCCGAGGACGGUAAGGCCGGUUCCGAGGGCGAGGAGGGCCAGGGCCAGCAAGCGGAGGGGGAGACGACUACGACGGGGAAGAAUUAGGAGGGAGAAUGGCAUUGUCGGGAACUUGGUAUAACCAGGAGAAUCUGUACCGGGAAAUGCUAGAGGGCUACGAAUGAAUGUUAGGGGGCAAUUGAUCACGAUACCCGCUUUGGCCUCAUGAAGCCAUGGCACAUUACACAUUACACUACACAUGUCACACUCAAACGAUAGGCACA